AGAAGAACGAGCCAUUCUUUGCCCGCCGACGCUUGAGCUUCGGCAUAUUCUUUGAUUGAAUAUCUGAGAUUGCCUUAAAUCACAAGGCUCUCCCUUCGAACCCACAUAGGUUUGACCUUGCCAUCCACGAUCGACUUGUUCCCCAUAUUCCCUCAGGAUGGCACCACCUCGUGUGAGGCCUGCCCCAGAUGACUCGCGAUCCGAAGCUUCAAGUACAAAAGAAAGAGUCGGUACUUCGUCAGGUCAGAAGGGCCGUCGCAACCCUAUGUCUUCCUUAGCUGCCAGCACGUUAGCAAAAGAUACAGCUGCUUUUGCCAAUACUGCCACUGGGGUACCAGUAGGUACCGCAGCUCCCGAGUUGACAGGAUUACACUGGCCAGCGGUCGAUAGAACAAUGCUUCAUGCCUACAGAUACGCUUAUCGCCUCAAGACCCCGUCUUCGUUUGCAUCGCACGGAAACCAGAUUAUCCUUUCAAAUCCUGGUAUUGGGCGCUACUCACCAACAAUGGCUCGCAACAAAGAAAGGAGACGGGUCAGCAGGGAGCAAUUAAGUACGGCUGUGCGAAAGAAUUUUAAUAGUCUUGGUAUACAGGAAUCAGAGGUCGUUGUGGAUUUCCUUUACAAGGUUAGGUGGCAAGACAAGAGUUUCCGGAUGAGGUUUGCCCCAACACGGCCAAGAUAAAUCAGUGCUUCUUCAACUAAGAGUACUGCUCUUUGGGAUUUAAUUGCGGGAGUUUCGGUUGGAUUCACGAAGGAAUGAUCAAUUUCAGGCGCACUCUUGAUUCUAGGAGAUUGAGCAUAUCAUGGCGCAGAACGAUACCGGUUGAAGGCUGUAGUCCUUCCAAAGGGUGGUUUAUGAUAUUGUAUCCUGUAUGAUGAGACCUGCACAUAUGAUACCGCUAGAAUUUCUUUUCUCUUUCUUCACUGCUGUUGAUUCGUAAAGAAUUUCAAUUACCUGGAACUGCACACGC